UGCUCACCAUCCAUCUCCCUUCAGCAUUUCAAAAGCAACACAAACGGCUGUUAAACAUCUGUAAAACAUUUGUUCUCUCUGAGAUAAGAUUUCCUCACUCACUCCGGGCGGGUAAAACACAAGCAGUCUGGCCAGCGCUCAGAGCUGCGAGGAGCUUUUUGUGGUGCUGCACCAAAAACAAGUUUCUUUACGGUGGAUUUUAAGUGUUUUUCCAAGUAUUAUGGAUGCUAGAGGGGUUUGCUUGAUGUUUUGCCUUCUCCUGCUGGCACACUGCUCGUCCCAGCAGACCUCCUCCAAGAAAAGAAAUGGCAAGAAAGACUCUGCAAACAACGCUGCAAUUGAGGAGCUGAGGAAACAGAUUAAUGACAUUGUUCAAGAGCUGAAUUUGUUGAAAGAGAAUCAAGCUUUACAGACAGUUUGUCUGCGAGGCACCAAGGUCCUCGGCAAGUGUUUCCUGGCUGACCCAGUGAAGAAGACCUUCCACACAGCCAGUGAUGACUGUAUUGCCAAAGGGGGCAGUCUGGCCACUCCUCUGUCAGGAGACGAGAACGACCAGCUCUACAGCUACGUCCGUCAGAGCAUCGGCCCAGAGGAGCACAUCUGGCUGGGCGUCAAUGACAUGGUGACCGACGGCCAGUGGGUGGACCAAUCGGGCUCCAGCGUGCGGUUCAAGAACUGGGAGACAGAGAUCACCCUGCAGCCAGACGGGGGGCGCAGCCAGAACUGUGCCAUCCUCUCCACCACAGCCAACGGGAAGUGGUUUGAUGAGAGCUGCAGGGCAGAAAAGGCUUCUGUGUGUGAGUUCAACAUCGUCUGAGGGCCUAUUCCUGACAUUAACGUCACUCUGUGCAGAUAAACGCUGCUUGCAGUAAAGAAUGAAACAUGUAGAGUAUCGGGUACAUUCAUGCAAUACAUUGAAAAAUAAUGUUCUGCAUCUUUCUUAAACUCACAUUUUCUUGAGCAAGCCAUUCAGGUGUCAUUUGACUUCUCACAGCGGUCUGGGAUACAGCAUGUCAUUGUAUAAGCUAAACUCACUGAGAUAAUUUACAUUCAUUUAACAACUCGUGUUUUCAAAGAAUAUUAGAUAUUCAUGAAGGUAAACACCACUGGAUGGCUUGUCUUUGUUUUAUGUAUUUUUGUGUCAUCUGCUAAUGAAUGCAAUAAACCUUUUUUUAUUUACUGAAGAACAACCAUUAUAAGGGCCUUUUCUGUGGCUCUCUUUCUUUCUUUCUAGCUCUAAAUGUCAAGUUAUGCUGCCUAUUUUGCAUUAUAUAAUGUUAAUAAACAUGUGUCUCAUUAA